AUUAUAGACUGCCAUUAAUAAUAAUUUUUGGUUGAAUAUAAACAUUGUCACAUUUGUUAUUUUUCUUAUAUUUUAGAAUUGCAAAUUUUAAGCGUGCUUCAGCAAUACAUUUGUGAUUGGAUUCAGAAAUAUUUGGAGUGGCGUUUUUUGGAGUCAUAGCGUUUUAAACUCACCGCAAAAUGUCUGAACGGAAAGUGUUGAAUAAAUAUUAUCCUCCGGACUUUGAUCCUUCAAAGAUACCUCGUAUGAAAUUGGCUAAGAACAGGCAAUAUACUGUACGUUUAAUGGCACCGUUUAACAUGCGAUGUAAGACCUGUGGAGAAUAUAUUUAUAAAGGAAAGAAGUUCAAUGCACGAAAGGAGGAUGUUGAAAAUGAAACGUAUUUAGGAAUACGUAUUUAUCGUUUUUACAUUAAAUGCACACGUUGCCUUCAGGAAAUCUCCUUUAAAACCGAUCCGAAAAACACUGAUUAUGAAAUUGAAGCAGGCGCCACACGAAAUUUCAUGGCUCUUAAAUUAGCUGAAGAACAAGCACGUAGACAGAUAGAGGAAGAACGUGAAGAAGAAGCGAAUAAUCCAAUGAAGUUGCUUGAAAAUCGCACACAACAAUCGCGUAACGAAAUUGAAAUGCUUGAAUCGUUGGAAGAGCUACGUGAUUUAAAUCGACGUCAACACAACGUGGAUUAUGAGUCCAUGUUACAACAAUAUAACAGCACAGAAUCGGAACAGGAAAGAUUAAAGCGAGAAGAAAAAGAAGAUGAAGAUUUUGUGAAGUCUAUAAAUUUUAAAACAAUUAAAAGCGGAAGCAAAAUUGUUGCUGAAGAAAUAAUUGAAGAAGUUAAGGAUGAAACAAUUUUACCAACAGAAGCGAAGAAAGCCAAAACUGACCCAACAACUGUGGCGAAUGCCAUUAAAUUUAAACCUACCACUAUAAAGACUGCGCCACUUGUCAAACGUAAAACUCCACUUGUCGUCCUUAAAUCAAAGUCAACGGCAGCAACCACUUCCGCAACAGCAAAGGAAACUUCAAUUACUCCUCCCUCAACUAGAGAAACUACAACCAGUGAUGCUACUUCAACAUCAUCAACAACAGGUACUGAUGCCCCUUCAUCAUCAACAAUAGCUACUGAUGACAAUUCAUCAUCAACAACAACUAAAGUAGAUAAUCAAAAACCCGCUGAAGUAAAGAAUGGCGGACUUUCAUUACUAUCAAAUUAUUCCAGCAGUUCUGAGGAAUCAGAAUGAGAAGUAUAUAAACGGAUGAAUAUAUAACAAUCGCGAUGUGAGAAAAGGACUCCUGCAAUUGCAUUUCUAAAGCAAAAGUGUCUGCAAAUAUGUGCAAUUGCAAUUAAGUGUAAUUAUUAGUUAAAGAUACAAAUAAAACUGACAAACACAGAACGUAGACACAAGGAUGUUGCAAAAAGAGGAUAAACGUAAUAAUAAAAUCUAGAGCUGACCAUGAAAAGUAAAAA